CUUCAGAGCAAGAUCCUGAUCCUGACAGUAUGUGCUGCUGGGAUUGGAGGCACUUUCCAAUAUCGUUACAACAUCUCCAUCAUCAGUGCUCCAGCUUCGUACAUCCAGACGUUCGUGAACAAAACCUGGCUGGAGCGCAGAGGUGUUCCCCUGGAGAGCAACGUGGUGCUGCUGCUGCUGUGGUCUUUCACUGUAUCUGCGUAUCCCAUGGGAGGACUCACUGGAGCUGUUACUGCUGGUCCCAUGGCCAUCAUGUUAGGAAGGAAGAUGUCUCUGCUGCUGAGCAAUGUCUUUGUGAUCCUAGCUGCAGUCUUGUCAGGAUUCAGCUGAAUGGCAAAAUCCUUUGAAAUGAUUAUGCUCAGCAGAUUUUUUACUGGUGUGAAUGCAGGUGGCAGCAUGAACAUUCAGCACAUGUAUCUGGCAGAAAGUGUCCCAGAGAAGCUCAGAGGAGCUGUGGCCUUGACCUCUGCAUCGUUUACAGCCCUGGGGUUGGUGCUGGGGCAGAUUGUUGGACUCAGGGAGUUGCUAGGAGGGGAGGAGAGACGGCUGUUCUUUUUAGCUAGUGAUGUGGUGCCUGCCCUGAUCCAACUCACAGCUCUGCCUUGGUUCCCUGAAAGUCCCAGAUAUCUCUUGAUUGACUGUGGAGAUAAAGAAUCCUGCAUCUCUGCACUGCAGAAGCUCAGAGGCAACAGUGACCUGAGUGCAGAGCUGGAAGAGAUGCUGGCUGAACAGGCCGUUGUUAAUCAGAGAGCAAAGAACCCUUGGGAGCUCUGCCAAAACCCAGCUUUGAGGUGGCAGGUGAUGAGUAUCGUUGUGCUGAGCAGCGCCAUGCAGCUCUGUGGGAAUUACUUGGUGUAUUUUUAUGUAGUUUAUGUGUUCCAAGAGGCUGGAAUUCCUCAGGACACAAUCCCGUAUGUUGUAAUCGGCACAGGGAGCUGUGAACUGAUCACGUCUGUCAUUUGUAACAUGAUUAUAGACUAUGCUGGUCAGAGGCCACUGGUCCUGGGGGAAUAUAUCUUUAUGGCAGGAUGGGCCACUAUCUUCAUGGUUGCUCUGAGCCAGCAGAUUCAGAUUAGCUGGAUGCCUUAUCUCAGCAUGGCCUGCAUUUUUGCCUAUAUCCUGAGCUUUGGAAUUGGACCAGCUGGUUUAACAGGAGUUCUGCCCAUAGAGGUGUUUGAUCAAAUGUUCUGGCCAGCUGCUUACAUGAUCUGUGGCUCUCUGCCCUGAUUCAACCUAUUUCUGGUUGGAACAGCCUUUCCAUUCAUUAUGAAAAGUCUAGCACAUUUCUGCUACAUCCCAUUCCCUGUGGUCUGUGUUUGCACUGCACUCCUUGUUGGGUUUUUCCUUGCUGAGACAAAGGGAAAAUCCUUCCUGGAAAUCUCAGAGGAGUUCAAGAAACUGAACUUCAAAGCUCAGACCCAUGAAGCUUUUUACAAAGGCCCUCAAGAGAUCAAAUCCACUGUGCUGUAG